UCCUCAUUUACGCAAAGGGAGAUGAAUUUAUCCAUAUUUGUUGCAGCGGCCUUAGUGGCUGUUGCAGCUGGCCAAUGUGUCGAUAGACUCAGCAGUUGUUCCUCCAGCAAGGCAAGGGGGUACUGUACAGUAGAUAGAUAUGUUUUGAACUACUGCAGGAAGACUUGCGGUGGAUGCACUAAAUCUGCUGAAACUACAUGCUGGGACAAGUCCACAUCUUGUAGAUUCUAUAAAGGAACAUCACGAUGCCAGAGCACAUUUGCCAAACAGUAUUGUCAGUUCUCUUGCAACCUUUCCAAGGGCAAGACUUGCGGAAAUAUUGUUCCAGGAACUCGACCAACAGCAAGACCAACCACUCGAGUAACCAGACCCACUCCUACAACUCCAAC